UUUUACACUUUUCUUACACACAACAACUUUACAAAGGAAUUGGUUUCAAUCAAUUUCUUUGGGUACUUUUUCCUUGUUUGUCCUGAUAUCAGUGCUACACUUUCUUCUAGCUUCAGAAAGUUUGUUGGCAAAAGGCCUAGCAAUUUGAAAUCAACAUGGGCAAGAACAAAAAAGCAUUUGUUCCUCCUCUGAAAUCAAAACGUGAAAAAAACUCCAAUGCUCCGCUGAUGGAGAAACCGAGUGUAGAGACAGAGAACUUGGUGGUGAGAAAUCCAACUCUAGAAAAACCAACGGCAAACAUUUCAUCAUCUUUGAUAAUAAAUGUUGUUCCCAACUCCGACGAUACGACCGAUGAGCUGGUGGCUGGACCUGCAGCAGAUAAUCAUCUGGAAUCCUCACUUAGUGGACAUGACGGGAUCUUUCUGCGGGAUGAAAGUCAAAAAGCACCCGAUGAUGUUUAUGAGUUCCAAAGUUCCCCAGUGAACUUACUGACAGCCAAGAAUGGAGGCACAGUACAAGAUUGCCCAAAACAAGAUCAAAAUUGCAAAAGAAGCAUGAAAAAGAAAAAGACUUCAUCAGUCAGGCAAAGUGUCUUGAAAGACAUAGCGAAGAUGCAGAAGGCUAUGUCAUUACUCAGGGAGAGAGAGCAAUCUCUUAUGGCGUCUAGUGAGCAGUAAAUCUGACACGCCCUUUUCCUUCUUUACACACAGACUUCAUCACUGAUGAAGUCAUCAGUCAGGCAAAGUGUCUUGAAAGACAUAGCGAAGAUGCAGAAGGCUAUGUCAUUACUCAGGGAGAGAGAGCAAUCUCUCAUGGUGUCUAGUGAGCAGUAAAUCCAGGCCAGAUAGCUCACGGAGGCAAUGCAAGCAAAUGCCUUAAUGCUCUUGACCCAAUUUCAUAGCAGCUGCUUUUCAAGGCACUGAACAUGUUUGGUAACUUUCAAAGAGUAA